AUGGAGAAAGACAAGGCAGAAGGCGGAGGCCUGAAGAGGCGUCCGGGAAAGGGGCACCCGUUUGGAGGGGAAGCGCGAAAGAAGGAGAAGGGCGGAGACCAUGAAGGGAAGGAGACGACUGUACGUACACCCGAGGAGAAGAAGCCCCGAAGGCGGUGUGUGUGCCCUAGAGUUCCGCCGCGUGUGCGUCUCGUGUGCUGUCGCAUUCUUGACAACCGAAUCGUGGAAGUCGCCCUCAUGCUUCUCACUUUUUACGCGCUUUUUGGAGACGACGUUCGCCUCCUAGCCACUCCGCGAAGCGCCGACCCGAUUUUCGACGCUUUCACGAGCAUUGCUCUGAUCGCAUUCGGCCUCGAAAUUAUCCUCAGCUGCAUCGGCAAAAAAGACUACCUUUUCCACUUGUUUUUCUACCUGGACGUCGUCUCUCUCCUCUCACUCGUUCUCGACCUCUCCUCUGUCGACGAGGCCAUGUACGUCUGGGCAGAAGAAGGGAACUCGGACGCAGAAGGCGAAGUGAGUCAGGCGACUCUCGCGGGGAAGGCCGGAUCGAAGGUUGCUCGCAUGCUCCGCCUCAUUCGCCUCGUCCGCCUCAUUCGCGUCGCAAAACUCUACAAAAACAUCGGCUUCUCCAGUGCCCCCCGAGCCGACGAAGAGCUCCGGGAAUUUGACAGCUUCCUCGAGCCUGAAGAAUCCAUCGGGAUGGACGACGACUUGAAAGAGGAGACAGAACCAAGCAAGCGCGGGGAGACCAGCGAGAACGCAGCCGGCGAGGAGUUCCAGUCCGAAGUGGGGAAAAAACUGACGGAAAAAACAACGCGAAAAAUCGUCUUUGUUGUCCUCGCCCUCACCCUUAUUCUACCCGUGCUUUCCGAGGAAAAUCUAGUCACGAAAUUCGCGUCAGAAAAAAGCGGUCUCGAACUCGUCGCCGAAUACGCCACAGCUGCGCAGCGUGGCGAAAACCAGGAUUCCUGGCUGCGGGUGUACACGCAUGCAACGUUGUUCUACAUGAACUACCAUCGGAAAGGCGGCAUCGGGGACCUUGGUGGCAACCCUAGCCACCUGGCCUUCUUUCAACUUGCGUUGCCCUUGUACCAAACGACGAUGCUCGACGGUCGCAUCUACCAAGACAUUCCGUGCAUGGGUUUCUCGUCCUGCUCCAACAGCCUCGUCCUUCCCCAAGAAGCUGCUGCUCGUCUGUACCUCCCAGAGGCCGUCGCAAACGGCACAUUGAUUGUCGACGACCUCGGAAGCAUCGACGAACUGCGACUUUCCGAACGGGAAGUAUACACUGCGUACUUUUGCAACGCCACUAGCGCCGACGGUGCAGUCGGCGGCACGCAGAAGGCCACGGACUGCGACUUGGACAGAGUCACGCAAAUUCGUGCGGUGUUUGACCGGCGCGCAGGGUCGCGCCUCCAGGCGGGUUUGAGCGUGACGCGAACCUUCAUCGUCUGCUUCAUCUUGAUUUUAGGCGCGCUCUUGAUCAACCGGGACGAGAACAACCUGGUGCUCAUCCCGAUCGAGCGGAUGAUGGUGAAGAUGAAUGAGAUCCAGAACAACCCGCUGGCAGCAGCGAACAUGUCCGACGACGCUGCGCUCGACUCUGGGAAGAAGGCGCACGCCGUGCACGGGAAACCGCUGGACGACGACGACUAUUCCUCGCCGUUUCGGGCCGUUCAGGCGCUGUUCUCUGGGAAGAGCAAGGCCAGCUCGGACUCGAUGGAGACGGCGAUGCUGGAGAAGACCAUCAUCAAGAUCGGAGGACUCCUCGCCCUCGGAUUCGGCGAGGCUGGCGCAGAGAUCAUUGCGAAGAACAUGAAGAAUGCAGACGGCGGGUUGAACGCGAUGCUCGACGGGAAGAAGCUUCAGGCGAUCUUUGGCUUCUGCGACAUCCGCAACUUCACGGACGCCACGGAGAUUCUCAAGGAAAAGGUGAUGGUGUUUGUGAACCAGAUCGCGGAGAUCGUCCACGGCACAGUCGACCAGUACUCGGGGUGUGCAAACAAGAACAUCGGCGACGCCUUCCUCCUAGUUUGGAAGUUCCCCGAAGUCGAACGCGAAGGCGGCGUGAAGGAGCAACUGAUGGACACCGCCACGACCAACCGCCUCGCAGACAUGGCUCUCGUCUCCUUCGUCAAAGUGAUUGCCGGAAUCAACAAGUCGCAAGUCCUCGCGGAGUACCGAGACAUCCCCGAACUCGUGCAGAGACUCGGAACAGGGUGGAAGGUCAAAAUGGGCUUUGGGCUCCACGUCGGCUGGGCCAUCGAAGGCGCCAUCGGAUCCGAAUUCAAAAUCGACGCCUCCUACCUCUCUCCGAACGUCAACAUGGCCUCGAGGCUCGAAGCAGCCACGAAGCAAUACGGCGUCUACAUCCUCAUCUCCAACGAGCUGUACGACAUCAUGUCGCCGCAGGCUCAACUGAAUUGCCGUCAGAUUGAUCGCGCGACCGUGAAGGGAUCUCAAGUUCCGCUGGGGCUGUACACCGUGGACUUAGAUCCCGGACGGCUGUCUGUGGUUGGGCAUCCGCUCGCGGGUGCGAGCGGCGCUCUGCAGAAUAAAUCGCGGCUGCGCCAGCAGCGCAACCUGCAGAAACAGAAGCUCUGGUCGAGUCGAACGUCGAUCUCGGCCAUGUUCGAGACGGACCCAGACAUCGUGACGAUGCGCGAACACCUGACCAAGGAGUUCAUCACGACUUUCCGCAAAGGCUUCAGCCACUACCAGGCGGGCGAGUGGCAUCGCGCGAGAGAAAUCUUUGUCAAAACGCAGUUCAUGCUCGGGGUCGAGGAUGUACCCUCCACCGUCCUCCUCACGUUCAUGGCCGGCUACGACUUUGUCGCCCCCUCAGACUGGAUGGGAUUCCGCGAGCUCGUCGAAAAAUGA